CUUCAGCCUUGCUUCCUGUCUCACAUACCAUUUCAUCAUUGUCAACUUUAACCCUUCACUUCAAUUCUAGGAUCACCUAGGUGCUAGGUACUAUUUAUGAACAUACAAAAGCAUUAUUGCAACAUCACUUCCACUCCUUAUCUUGAUUUAUCCACCCAGUCACUUGAGCGCCCGGAGUCGGAUAAUAAUCGCCGUGGAUUGCUUCACUUCGUCUGGAGGGGAUCGGCCACACACUAUGAUAACAUAAAUUGCUACUCUACUACGAAGGCGUAAUCAUGGAACCUAACAUUCAACGCCUUCUCAAUGAUAAGCUAUAUGAUAAGAGGAAGACCGGCGCUCUUGAGCUAGAACGCUCUAUUCGAGAGCUAGUAGCUGUCAAGGACUACAAGAGAGUCUCGGACAUCCUCGAUCAACUAUGCAAUGAUUACGCCUACGCUGUUCAUCAACCCCAUGCACGUAAUGGAGGGCUGAUAGGUCUAGCUGCUGCGGCUAUUGCCCUUGGUUCUGAACUGCCAAGAUAUCUCGAGGUCAUAGUACCCCCUGUUCUGGCAUGCUUCACGGACCAAGACGCACGCGUCAGAUAUUACGCUUGCGAGUCUAUGUAUAAUAUUGCCAAGGUUGCUAAGGGAGAAAUCCUGAAAUAUUUUAACCACAUAUUCGAUGCUCUUUGCAAGCUGGGCGCAGACUCGGAGCUUUCCGUCAAGAAUGGUGCUGAACUUCUCGAUCGUCUGAUCAAGGAUAUUGUAUCCGAAUCUGCGGCCACUUAUGUAUCCGUUUUAGAGACCGAUCCGCCCCCGCCUUAUGAGGUGAAAGACUCCGAUCAAGACUCUUCCCAAAAUCAGAAUCCAAACCCGAGUCCCCCCACCGCAUUUUCUCUGCCGGACUUCAUCCCCCUUCUAAAGGAGCGGAUAUGGGUUAUGAACCCGUUUACCAGGACUUUUCUUGUCGGAUGGAUCACGCUACUGGAUUCGAUCCCAGAUCUCGAACUAGUCACGUACCUCCCUGAAUUUCUAGGAGGUUUGCUCAAGUUCCUUAGUGGUAAUAAUGCUGAUGUCCAUUCUGCCACUUCUGCCUGUUUAGACAAAUUCCUGAACGAGAUUAAGCGGAUUGCCAGGGUGAAAAAGGGAAUCACCGAGAGUAAGAAGUCGAAGGGGGACGGUAAGAGGAAGCGGGAGGACUCGGUCGACAGUGGUAGUAUGCGCCUGGCGCCGGAUGAUGCCGAGGAAGCAGGAUCCACAACAGCUAAUGAAGACGAAGACGAGGUUAGCAGUGAAGAUGACUGGAUUCCAGGGCAGGAUGUUCAGAUUAACUACAAGGCAAUCCUUGAGAUUCUGACCGCAACACUCGAUUCUCCCCUGGAGGAGGAUAGCCUUCUGGAGAGUUUGCGUUGGAUAGUAUCGUUUCUAGACAUCUGCCCCGAAGAAGUCUUACCGUUCACGCCUAAAAUCCUAGCCCACCUCCUGCCAGCCAUGGCAAGCGGAGUCGAACCGAUUCGCCAAGCCGCGGCACGAGUGAAUACUUCGCUGAUGGACUAUGUCGUUUCUCUCACGGACGAAUCUGAAGCUCCAUCUGGACAGCUAUCGACACGACCUCCAGCGUCUACAGCCGACCGCCCCGAGGGCGCGUCCAGUACACGCGCUUCCCUCUCGAGUAGCCGGGAGAUAGAUCUGCGUAGUCCUACGCCAGCUCAAAAUCGUAGAGUACCCACCCCGGCACAAUCGGUCCAACCUCAGUCAGAUCUAGACUAUGCCGCCGCAGUCACUUCUCUUACUCUGCUAUUCCUGAACGACCACGAAGCCACUCGCGUCGCUUCCCUGACAUGGCUUAUCAUGUUGCACCGCAAAGCGCCGAGGAAGAUAGUUGCGUUCAACGACGGAACAUUCCCUGCUCUCCUAAAAACACUCUCGGACCCGGCAGAAGCCGUAGUCACUAAAGACCUACAGUUACUAUCACAAAUUUCCAGAAACAGCGAGGAUGACUACUUUUCCAACUUCAUGGUUAGCCUUCUACAACUUUUCUCUACAGACAGAAAGCUAUUAGAGACGCGAGGCAAUCUGAUUAUUCGCCAACUAUGCAUGACAUUGAGCCCUGAGAGGAUAUAUCGGACGUUAGCUGAGACUAUCGAAAAAGAGGAAGAUGUUGAAUUCGCAAGCAUAAUGGUGCAAAAUCUCAACAAUAACCUCAUCACCGCCCCGGAGUUGGCCGACCUGAGGAAACGGUUACGGAACUUAGAGACAAAGGAUGGCCAGGCGUUUUUCGUUGCUCUGUUCCGAUCCUGGUGUUACAAUGCUGUUGCAACUUUCUCCUUGUGUCUACUCGCGCAGGCAUACGAAGCGGCAUAUAAUCUUCUACAGAUCUUCGCGGAGCUUGAGAUGACAGUCAACAUUCUCAUACAGAUCGACAAGCUUGUCCAGCUGAUUGAGUCGCCUGUCUUUACAUAUCUCCGUCUUCAACUUCUUGAGCCCGAGAAGUAUCCGUAUCUCUACAAGUGUCUGUACGGACUUCUAAUGCUAUUACCGCAAUCCUCUGCUUUCGCCGCCCUCAAGAACAGAUUAAAUAGUGUAAGCUCGAUAGGCUACUUGCAAAUCGGGCCUCGACCUUCUGCCACUGCACCCAGCGCGUCAAAUUACGAUCGGCCAAAUAGACUAGGCAAGGGCCGUGAAGACAACAUAAUUCGAUGGGAGCAGCUUCUCGAAAAGUUUAGGACCGUGCAAGAUAGAGCAAGACGGGCGCAGAGGUUGAUGGAAGGCGGUGGUCUCGACGAUGGACCUGGUUUUGGUGGGAUACGCAUUACGGAGAAGGAGCCGCCACGACCCGCGGCUGGACCGGCCGUACCACCGAAGGACUCGACCCCUGCUGCUGCACCGCCGAAGCGCUCGGGACUGACCAGGCAAUUCGGUAGACUCGGUGCGUCGGUUUCAGGCAGAGGGAAGCGGUCUCAACAACAGUAACUUUGUAGCAGUUCGCCAUAAGACUCCGGAUUGAAGAAAAGGGCUCCAUCGCCGUUUUCCUACACUAAUUAGAAGCGUUCGUGGGUAAAAAGAUAUUACACCAUAAAGGGGGUCUGAGCGGUUAGAUUUAGUUCUGUACGAAUAUUGUUAAUUCGCAUAGCGGCAACAUCUGUAAUGUAAAUAAAACUUCAUUAAUGG